GACAAUCCUGAGCUAGCUGGACCAGUGGUCUGACUCGGUAUAAAGCAGCUUCCUCCGUUAAUAUGUUAAAGCGAAGGUUCCACUGAAUUCAGAAAUGCAGCUAUGCAGCUGCUCCACACCACUGCCCAUCUUAUAGCGCAGGCGCAGUAGCUGUUUUGUGCAUGGCUUCCUGGACCCUGGGGGCGGGGCGAGAAAUAAAACCCUGCCGCGCGGUGGCUUCUGGGAGUCGUAGUCAAAACGCCCCUCCCACUGAGCUGCCUUGCGAUGCGAACUACAGCUCCCAGGGCUGCCUCAAGGGAAGCAGCAGACGAGGAAGUGAAGCUGCCCGUUUCCUGGAAAGGCAAAAAGGUGCAAAGGGGUGGGACGGGAGUUGCUGGAGGUGGAUGUUGCUGAUGCCCCAGAAGCAGCAGCAGGGAGAUUUAAAUAGGCAUCUGUGCAUAGCAAGCCGGGAAAAUGAACGUGGUGUUUGCAGUCAAGCAGUACAUCUCGAAGAUGAUAGAGGACAGUGGACCUGGCAUGAAAGUCCUGCUCAUGGAUAAAGAAACGACCAGCAUCGUGAGUAUGGUGUACACGCAGUCAGAGAUCCUGCAGAAGGAGGUCUACCUCUUUGAGCGCAUUGACUCGGCCAACCGGGAGAACAUGAAGCACCUGAAAGCCAUCUGCUUCUUGCGGCCCACCAAGGAAAAUGUGGAAUACCUCAUCCAAGAGCUGCGGAGGCCUAAAUACAGCACAUAUUUUAUUUAUUUCAGCAACGUGAUCAGCAAGAGUGAUGUCAAGUCUCUGGCUGAGGCGGACGAGCAAGAAGUGGUCGCCGAAGUCCAGGAAUUCUACGGCGACUAUAUUGCUGUCAACCCGCAUGUGUUUUCUCUCAACAUCUUGGGCUGCUGCCAGGGCCACAGCUGGGAUCAAGUACAGUUGUCCCGGACCACCCAAGGCCUGACGGCCUUGCUUCUCUCUUUGAAGAAGUGCCCCAUGAUCCGUUACCAGCUCUCCUCCGACCCGGCGAAAAGGCUGGCGGAAUGUGUCAAGCAAGUGAUCACUAAAGAGUAUGAGCUUUUUGACUUCCGGCGCACAGAAGUGCCACCUUUGCUGCUGCUCCUGGACCGUUCGGAUGACGCCAUCACUCCACUUCUGAACCAGUGGACGUACCAGGCCAUGGUUCAUGAGCUGCUGGGAAUUAACAACAAUCGGAUUGACCUCUCCCGAGUCCCGGGCAUAAGCAAAGACCUCCGGGAGGUGGUUUUGUCUGCAGAGAACGAUGAGUUUUAUGCCAAUAACAUGUACCUGAACUUUGCCGAAAUCGGCAGCAACAUCAAGAACCUCAUGGAGGACUUCCAGCGGAAGAAACCCAAGGAACAGCAGAAGCUGGAGUCGAUUGCAGACAUGAAGGCAUUUGUAGAGAACUACCCGCAGUUCAAGAAGAUGUCAGGCACAGUCUCCAAGCAUGUGACCGUGGUGGGGGAGUUGUCCAGGCUCGUCAGCGAGCGGAACCUGCUGGAGGUCUCGGAGGUCGAGCAAGAGCUGGCGUGCCAGAAUGACCACUCCAGCGCUUUGCAGAACGUGCAACGGCUUUUGCAGAACCCCAAAGUAUCGGAACUGGAUGCUGCCCGCUUGGUGAUGCUGUACGCCCUCCACUAUGAGAGACACAGCAGCAACAGCCUGCCUGGCCUCAUGAUGGCGCUGAAGAGCAAGGGGGUUUCUGAGCGGCACCGUAAGCUGGUCUCCGCCGUUGUAGAAUAUGGAGGGAAGCGGGUGCGAGGGAGCGACCUCUUUGGGUCCCAGGAUGCCGUGGCUAUCACCAAGCAGUUCCUCAAAGGACUGAAGGGGGUUGAAAAUGUGUACACCCAGCACCAGCCUUUACUGCACGACACACUGGAUCAACUCAUCAAGGGUAAACUGAAGGACAACCAGUACCCGUACCUCGGGCCCAGCACACUCCGCGACAGGCCACAAGACAUCAUCGUGUUUAUGAUCGGAGGAGCAACCUACGAAGAGGCACUGGCCGUCUAUAAUCUGAACCGCACUACCCCCGGGGUCCGGAUCGUGCUGGGCGGGACCAUUAUCCACAAUACGAAAAGCUUCCUGGAAGAAGUUUCGGCCGCUGGCAUCCGCGGACGGGGCCCAGAAAGCUCUCAGGGGGCGGCGAGGGCAGCAACCAGGUGGUAGAGCGGAUGAGGCGGCCCCAUCGCUUCCUCUCGGCCAUCGCGGACCAAGAAGCAUCUGCCUCGUGCCCCGACUCCCGUCCCCAUCCUGUCUCUGAACCACUUCACCCUCCUUGAGGCCAGACGACCGACCGACGCCGGAGACCCCAGGGAAGUGCUUAGAGGAUGAAACCUAAGUCCCUGUAUGCCUCUAGGAGCUUGCCUGAGUUCUGGGUGUUCUGCCCGUCUUUUUCUCUAAUCAUGAUACUUUUCAAGAAGGAGAGCGGGAACGGAUCUCCGGAAAGCCGCUGCCUCUCCAGAUCGGCUCCGUGCGAGCCCCGAUUAUGCGAUGCUAGCAAAGGACAUGGUUGACAGCCUUCCGUGGUUCUUUCCCCACGCUGCCGCCGCUUUUCAUUCGAUCGUCCCGUCGCCUCCUUUCCCGAUACGCCCAGGUCUGUGGGGUCCCGUCUCUCGCCAGAAGAGCCGGGCGAACGCCAAUAAAAGGGUGUCACGGUUUUGUGGUGGGAAA